CUUUGAUAAUAAAUUCGCGUUAAAAGCCGUGGCGAGCUGCGAAGUCUACCCCUCUCUCCCCGUUGCGCGUCUCCCUGCUCUCCUUCCCUCGGCGGAUCUCUAGAGGCGUUCUACUGCGGACUACAGCGGUUUCAGGAGAUGGAUCAUUUCCGGAGAGUUGAGCAGAACGCCUUUGUUGCCGCCUUUGAGGAGAUGAGGGGAUUCGUCUCCGUCUCUGACCGGAGGGAAUCGGUUGUUUGUCCGAAGCCUCGCCGGGUCGGGGUUUUGUCCAACAACCCCUUGAGGUCUCAGAUAAGCCAUCGAUCUGAGAUUUCCAAGUCAAAAGCUGCGGCAGAGCUUCUGGACCUCAUCCUUAAGAAGGAGGAUUAUGAGUUGGAGCCGCAAUCUCCACUGCCAAUUGCUUCGACACCACCCCCAUUUUUUGCGGGAUCUCCACCGAGAAGGGCUGAGAAUCCUUUAGUACAGGAUGCCCGCUUUAGGGAUGAAAAGAUUACUCCAAUUAUGGCGUUGCCAGCUAUGUCGCCAUCAGGUUUACCAUCUCCAUCAACUUCUGCACGCAAAGGGUGUGCGAGGAUGAAGUUUGGGCUCAAACCUGCAGCUGUUAGAGUAGAAGGUUUUGAUUGUCUUAACAGGGAUAGCAAAAAUUCUAGCAUUCCUGCUGUUGCAUAACUCCACUGAAGAAACUGUAUAUAGAAAGGAGCUUAAUGCAGGGCAUACUUCACAUAGUCAAGCAGAAGAUCGAGAGUUUCGAAAUAUUUUGGAAGCAGAGAAUUCGAGUACCUUUUAGUACCUUUUAGUACCUUUUAGGGUUGUAAAUACCAUCUGUUCUAGUCGGCAAUUCGCAUUUCAGUAAUCUGUAUAAGUAGGUUGAUUGAACAAGAAAAGAGCCAUCGAGUAUCUGUUCUUGCAGCAGGUACUGAAUUAGUGAGAGAGUUCUUAUGUAAUAUAGGGAGGAUUCCUAAGAGACAGUAUUUCUGAGAUUCAGAAAUCAUCCAUUAGAUGUGCUGUACAGUCCAUGAUUUUGGGUCAGAUGUAAAUUUGUGGAUAUUUUCUGAUUGAUCUUGGCUUAUUUUGCGGCAUAA